AUGGUCAUCGCGGCAGUGGGACAGAUCUGCUCGACGGCAUCGCUAUCACACAAUCUCACGCAAUGCCAGACGCUGGUGCGUAGAGCAGCAGCCGCGGGAGCAAAAGCGCUCUUCCUCCCUGAAGCUUCCGACUACAUCGCCUCCUCUUCCUCCGAAACAAUCUCCCUCGUCCAAUCGGUGACUUCCAGUCCCUUCGUUCUCGGCCUCCAACAUGAAGCGCGAACCUCCACCCUCCCGAUCAACGUCGGCAUCCACGAACCCGCCGAUGGGGCCAACAAAGUCAAGAACACCCUGAUCUGGAUCAACGAGCAUGGCACCGUGACAAGCCGCUACCAGAAACUCCACCUCUUCGACGUCGACAUCCCCGGCGGACCAGUCCUGAAAGAAAGCAACAGCGUCGAAGCCGGCAGGGACAUCGUCCCUCCAAUCGACACCCCAAUCGGGAAGAUCGGCAUGAUGAUCUGCUUUGACCUCCGCUUCCCCGAGAUAUCACUUCGGCUGACGCGGCAAGGCGCGCAGGUGUUGGUCUAUCCGUCCGCGUUUACGGUCCCGACUGGCAAGGCACAUUGGGAGACGCUGCUGAGAGGUAGGGCGAUCGAGAAUCAGGCGUUUGUCCUUGCGGCGGCGCAGUGUGGGAGGCACAACGGGAAGAGGGUAAGCUAUGGAGACUCGAUUGUGAUAGGGCCGUGGGGUGAGGUGAUAGGGAGGUCGGAGCGGGUGGAGGAUGCGGAUGCUGAGCGGGAAGGGGAAAGGGAACCACAGCUGUUGCUUGUGGAUUUGGAUUUGGGAUUGGUGGAGAAGGCGAGGAGGGAGCUUCCACUUCUGAGGAGGACCGACGUGUAUCCUGAGAUUUAG